AUGGAUCAAGACAACAGCUUGACUGCAGAGAGCUCAGAGCAAGACGACGCAGAUGAGAGCCUGGUGACUCGACAUGGGACUGACAACGAGAGCGACUCUCGUCUGGACAUCACCAGUCAUCCUGUACACCUGUAUAACGAGGUCUCCAUGUCUGAUAGGCCACACGAAAUCGAAUCGCACGAAUCCAGUCGCUUGACUAAUGAUGUUCCGUCGCAUCGCGAUCUUGCGCCGUCAUCUUGCAGCCUCCAAUCUCCCUCUUCUUUCCCUGGUUUUGGCGACCACAUAUCGCCAUCAUUUUCUCUGCUAUCGAGAGCGAGUAUCAAUGUCGGGAUCACAGCUGUCGAAAGCGCGAGCACACGACACGGAAGAGGAAUAUCCAGGAUUUCUAACUCCUUUGCCAUAUCUGUUCCGCGUCCCGAUACUGGAUCAGGCCUACUGGAUGACCCUUAUGAAGCCCGACUACUACGCCAUUUCGUCAGCCAUCUGGCCAUUUCGUUCGAUCUCACCGAUUCGUCAUGCCACUUCCGCAGAAUCGUGCCUCAGCGGGCUUUGAACGAUCCAAUCUUGAUGAACGCGAUUCUCGCCGCCUCCGCCCGUCAUCUCAGUCGCGUCAGUGGAGGAGACCCAUAUAUUGCAGAGACAUACCAUCAAAAGUGUAUUCAGCAUCUCAUCCCAAUCCUGAGCGAUGAGGCUGCAGCAUUGGACGAAAACCUUCUGGCUAGUACCGUCAUCUUGCGAUUCCUCGAAGAGAUUGACGUGCCACUCUCGGGCAAAGUUCACUUGAACGGGGCAGGGCAUCUGAUUGGAGCUCAUGCCUUCGUCAGUGCGCAAGAGAUCUCUGCGGUUUCGGGCGGCCUGCGACUUGCUGCCUUCUGGGUUGGUCUCCGGCAGGAAAUUUACGUCGCUUUCGUAAACCAACGGUCGNNAGUUUCUUUCCCGUUGCAGCAUUGCAACGUCGAUCGCUCAUUUGAGGCUGCGGAAGAAGGCACAUGGGCUAAUCGAAUUAUCUUUCAUUGUGCAGAGACCAUACAGUGGUGCUUUGGACUUCUCGAGCAUGAAAGAUCGACCGCCCGAUUUGAAGAGCUUCUCAGUUACGCUCAAGAUUGGCGAAACUUCACACCCCCGUGCUUUACCCCUGUAUACUAUCGUCAUGCCGAUGCCGGCUCUGAUGCUGUCUUUCCAGAAGUUAUGUAUUUCUCAGAUGCUGUCGUCACAGGCAUACAACACUACCAUCUCACUCUCAUUCUGUUAAGAGCGUAUGAUCCCACGAUUCCCAAACUCGGGUCUCGACGGACGACAGCAUUGAGGGAGAUGGAUCAUGAGAUCAAACAUCACACAAAGAUGCUUUGUGGGCUCGCGUUGAGCAACAGUAGCACGCCGCCGAACUUUGUGACUGCUUCGAUGGCAGUGACUAUGGCCGGCGACAAGUUCACAGAGAUGAAAGAGCAGGAAGCGUGCCUCCGAAUCUUGGAAACCUGUGAAGUUGAGCAUGGAUGGUCAACGAUGAUCGCCCAGGAAGAUCUCAAAGAAGCGUGGGGAUGGAAUUGA